AUGAAAGAAUAUUGGACCUCUGUGGCAUCACUUCUGGGUGUGUUUGCGUUCUGCCAAACUAUCCUCCAAACAGUUUUCCCACCAGAGCUUCGCUACGCUUCCGCGAAGCUCUUCAACCGAAUCUUCCACUGCUUCUCCUCUUAUUGCUACUUCGACAUAACGGAGAUCGACGGCGUCAACACCAACGAGCUUUAUAACGCCGUCCAGCUCUACCUGAGCUCCUCCGUGUCCCUCACAGGCAACCGCCUCAACCUGACACGUGCCGUCAACUCUAGCGGCUUCACCUUCGGCCUCGCCAACAAUGACAGCAUCGUCGACACCUUCAACGGCGUUAAUGUGGUGUGGGAACACGUGGUGACGCAGAGACAAGGCCAAUCAUUCUCGUGGCGUCCAUUACCCGAUGAGAAGCGAGGUUUCACACUUCGGAUCAAGAAAAAAGACAAGUCUUUCAUACUGAACUCUUACUUGGAUUACAUUAUGGAGAAAGCGAGUGAGAUUCGGAGGAAGAGUCAGGAUCGUUUGUUGUACACGAAUUCAAGAGGUGGGUCAUUGGAUUCAAGGGGUCAUCCUUGGGAUUCAGUGCCAUUCAAGCAUCCUAGCACAUUUGACACAUUGGCUAUGGACCCUCAGAAGAAGAAGGAGAUCAUGGAGGAUCUUCAGGACUUUGCAAAUGGCCAAUCUUUUUAUCACAAAACUGGAAGGGCUUGGAAGAGAGGGUACCUUCUCUAUGGCCCUCCAGGUACUGGUAAAUCUAGCAUGAUUGCUGCUAUGGCCAAUUACCUUGGCUAUGAUAUAUAUGAUUUGGAGUUAACUGAGGUGCAUCACAAUUCUGACCUCAGGAAGCUUCUCAUGAAGACCACAUCCAAAUCCAUAAUUGUCAUUGAGGACAUUGAUUGCUCUAUCAGCCUCCCUAACAGGAAGAACAACAACAAAAACAUCAACGGUUCUAGUUCUCUUUCUUCUAGGAGUUACUAUGAUUCGGGUGCUCCUGAAAUGCGAGGUGGUGGGUGUGGCUCUGCCUCUGGCGAAGAUGGUGGGAAUUCUAUUACACUUUCUGGGUUGUUGAAUUUCACUGAUGGGUUGUGGUCUUGCUGUGGGAGCGAGAAGAUUUUCGUGUUUACUACGAAUCACAUUGAGAAGCUUGACCCCGCUCUGUUGCGGAGUGGGAGAAUGGAUAUGCAUAUUUUCAUGAGUUAUUGUUCGUUCCCUGCUUUGAAGAUUCUGCUCAACAACUAUUUGGGGUGUGAAGAGGGUGAUUUGGAUGACUCGGUUUUGAAGGAGUUGGAGGAGGUUGUUGACAUGGCAAGGAUGACUCCGGCUGAUAUAAGCGAGGUUUUGAUCAAGAACAGACGUAAGAAGGAGAAGGCAGUGGAUGAAUUGUUGGAAACCUUGAAGCUCAGGGCAGAUAGGAAUGAAAAAAAUGGAGCUCUGAGGGUAAAAAAUGAUCACGAAGAUGAAGAGGAAGAACAGGAGAAAAGGGCUCUGGAUAGUGAGAGUCCUAAACUAGAGUCUGAGAUUGAGGAUAAUUGCAAAGAGGCAGAGGAGGAAGAGAAGAUCAAGUGA